CUCUGUCCCUCACCGUCAAUCCUCUUCACUGGGAAAAACUUAGAUCUCCAGGGACGAAUACCAGCCGUACGAAGGCAAAAACUCUCUUGUCAGGCGUGCUCGGUGAUCUUCUGCAGCCAUGUGUGACCAGACGUUCAUGGCGGCCACUUUUGGCCCGUGCGACAGCUGUGGGACCGCAAGUCCUCUAAUGAACAUCUACAUUAAGAGCGAGGCCAUUAAUUACUGCUCCUUCUGUGUGGAAGUGAUGGCCUGUCAGGGGCUCCAGAAAGGGGAAAGCCUGGCGUCACUGAAGAAGGAGAGCGAGACUCUGAAGAAGAAGCUGGAGGAGGAGCGGGGCAAGCUGAACGACGUGGAGUUACACCAGGUGGCUGAGAAGAUUGAGGUGUUGGGUGCUCUCUCCGUAAAGACCAGACGUGUGCUGAAGGGUCAUGGCAACAAGGUGCUGUGCAUGGACUGGUGCAGAGACAAACGUCGUCUCGUCAGCUCUUCACAGGAUGGCAAAGUGAUUGUCUGGGAUGCAUUCACUCUUAAUAAGGAGCAUGGGAUCACCCUUCCAUGUACUUGGGUCAUGGCGUGUGCUUACGCCCCCUCAGGCUGCGCUGUGGCAUGCGGCGGACUGGAUAACAAGUGCUCAGUGGUCCCUCUGUCACUGGACAAAAACGAGAACUUGGCUGCAAAGAAGAAGUCGGUGGCCAUGCACACCAACUAUGUGUCGGGAUGCACAUUCACGAACUCGGACAUGCAGAUCCUGACCUCCAGCGGUGAUGGGACUUGUGCUUUAUGGGAUGUGGAGAGCGGUCAGCUGCUGCAGAGUUUCCAUGGACACACUGCUGAUGUGCUGUCCCUGGACCUCGCCCCCUCUGAGACUGGAAACACUUUUGUAUCUGGGGGCUGUGAUAAGAAGGCCAAUGUGUGGGACAUGCGCUCUGGACAGAACAUUCAGUCUUUUGAGAGCCACGAUUCGGACAUCAACUGUGUAAAGUACUACCCCAGUGGAGAUGCAUUUGCAUCUGCAUCUGAUGACGCCACAUGCCGUUUCUAUGAUUUGCGAGCUGACCGUGAAGUGGCCGUCUACCAGAAGGACAGCAUCAUAUUUGGUGCUUCCACUGUGGACUUCUCUCUGAGUGGCCGCCUGCUCUUCGCCGGUUACAAUGACUACACUAUCAACGUGUGGGACGUUUUGAAGGGAAACCGCGUCUCCAUCAUGUUUGGACAUGAGAACCGUGUCAGCAGAGUGAGAGUGUCUCCUGACGGCACUGCUCUCUGCUCGGCCUCAUGGGACAACACCUUACGGAUUUGGGCCUAGAGUCAUUUGGCACCAGUGAGGACGGCAACGAUAUGUGUCGGCCAGCAUUGCACAUCACUGUCUGAAAUCAAAACUACUGCAAGAGUGUGUUCGUACAACCUUCAAACACACAAGCAACAACAAAUCUGAAUGAAUAUAUUUUAUUGUGUCAUAAUUAUAGAGUGAGAAUUCAUUUAAACACACCGUGUGGAUUCCCAGUCUUUGCUACCGUUAGCUUGACGACUGAUAUUAUGUAAUUAUAUGUUAGUACUUAUUUAGUUAGGCAAUAAUGAUCUGUGUAAAGAGCCAAAACGACUAGACUGUAGAACUCAUCAGCAUGACUAAAAUGCCAAGUAGCACUACAGACAGUUUCACUGAUUGUAAAUUUAUGUACCAGUAUCAGUUGGCUGUCACCUGUCCUGAGAGCACCAUGCCUGUCCAGAGCCACGCUGUAGGUUUCCACUCUGUUGUUGUCAUUACUGUGAUGCCACUCUGACAUGACGUGUCAUGAUUAUCCAAAAAAGGACAACUUUCAUUGUUUUCUUAUUUCAAAUUAUGUAAAUCUCAACAGUUUAGGUCAACGUCCUGUAAAUAAAAUAAAGAUUUUCAGUAUU